AUGGCCCCCAACCUGCUUGUUGCCACCCAGACGCUCUUCACUCCCCACAAAUGGUUCUCCCGCAAAUCGUCCGAAAAGUCGGUCCGCCGCAGCGAGCACUGGGCUGACCCGUUGCCCGGUACUUACGAGUACAUCCCUGGCCGCGGAUGGUACCUCACGAGACCCGACGCCACCGACGGCGGUCCUGGAGAACGCCUGGAAAAGCCGCGCCUCGUCAAGUACAGUCGCGUACUCCGCCGGUACCUGUUUGAAAAUGAGUACCAGCGCCGCAAGCUCUCGGGCGAAAUUACCGACUCGCACGGCAAGGUCCGCGAGGUCGGCUUUUUUCAACUGGACGACGGUAUCGCCUGGGUCAACUGCUGGAACCACAAGGGCGAAUUCAUCCCCGGUCCCUAUGAGCGCUGGGUCAUCGACGAGCGCAAUGAGAAGUUCCGCAAGAUGCUGAAAGGCGACGAUCCCGAGUGGCGCAAGAAGAACCACGCCAGCCGCAGGAUGAACGCUCGCAGAAGAGAGUCAGCAGAGAGCGACGAGGACGACAAGAACCGUGUUUACCAGAUCCCCUCCGUCGGCCACUCUCGCCCAGCCUCGACCAUCGACAUGUUCCUCAACUCGCCACCAGUCUCGCGCCCGCCUUCGCCGAGGAGCGUAGUGCCGCGCUCCGAGGGCGCCACCAGGGUCAACUCUGGCGCAAACAGCUGCGCAAACAGCAUCAAGCUCGCAACUCGUCCCAGCAACCUCCGCGAGAACAGCAGCAGCAGCGAGUCCGAGACGCCCGUCAGCGUCGACUCUUCCUCCACGGCCGUCUCCAACAACGAUGGCGCAUAUUCCGUCGCUCAUCAUCAUCAAAGCAUCGCCGCCGCCGUUUCGUCGCGGCUAGAAGAGCAGAAGCUCGCGCAGCAGACUGUGCACUAA